ACUUAAUUAUUUUUUCAAUAUAAGUUUAAAUGAUUUUUAUAUUAUAAUAUCUUACCUGUAAGAAGGUCCUUGUAAAAAUAUCUUGACAAUUUCAGUCUCACUCUUAUCAGAAACAGAGAGAACAUAAAAAUGGUAGUCUCUACAACGACUCUCUCCAUCGGCGGCAAUAUGUUCUCCAGUCAGCGUUGGCAGUGGGAGUCUCACGAAUCGAAGCUUUUUCAAAAACCCAGAAAGCAUUUUCGAUGGUUAUACCUUAAUGACCUCCAUUUGCUACGCUACAGAAACAAAUCCUUGAAUUUCAACCCAAGGGGAGGCUUCCUGCCUUCACUUCAUGCUUAUGGCAAAGAAGCUGAAGAUAGCUUUCUCUCUAAUGUAAACGAAGACACUGAUGAGAUGUUUGAUGAUUUGAUGACAAAGUAUGGGAAAGUAGUAUUCAAGAAGAAUGACCGAAAGUCUCCAAGCGCUGAGCUCGAUGAUGAUGCCGAAAGCUUAUCAUUUGCUGUGGCAAUGGCCAAGGUGGCAAGUGAGGUGAAGGCUGCUGAUAUAAGGGUCCUUUUUGUGAAGCCUCUUGUGUAUUGGACUCAGUUUUUCAUCAUUGCAACAGCAUUUUCUCACCCUCAGAUUGAUGCUAUUGGAUCCAAAAUAAGAGAUUUGGCUGAGAAGAAGUAUGGAAAAAUUGCAUCUGGAGAUACAAAACCAAACUCAUGGACACUUUUAGACUUUGGUGAUGUGGUUAUCCACAUAUUUCUUCCUCAACAAAGAGCCUUUUACAAUUUGGAUGAGUUUUAUGGUAACGCGACACUCAUUGAGCUGCCUUCUGAAAACCGACCACCAUUUCGCAGUUGAAAGUGACUCUGAAGGAAUCAAAAGCACUGGCUGACAGAUCUCCCGUAGUGGAUGUGUUCAACUCUGCCAGAUUCAGUUAGCACUCCUUGCUCAUCACCUCACUCCUUGCAGGGAGGCUUGAUUAUGAAUUACAGGGAGUGCUGUUCCAUUGCUGGUAUGUACCAUUCAUUAAUCACAUGGAGCAGUUGGCAUCAGCAUUAUUAUAUGUUUGAUUGCUUAUAUUCUUGUGGAUAGUUUCCUUAAUCACUUCCUUACUAGGGCUUGUACGUGUAACAGCAGCAAGCCGUGAGGCUCGAUGAGUUCUAAUGCAUACACAUUCUCAUGGCUUUGUUUGCGUCUAUGGUGCUCAAACGUAGGUUUGACUUAUUACAGAGGUUAAAGUUGACUUAUAAUCGGAAUGAUUAGGCUGCAAAUCUAACAAUCUAACAAUUCUGGAUUGCUCCAAGGCACUUCCAACUUAAGUUUCCACUGACCACUAUCAAGCAAGCUUUUCUGAUCAUAAAAACUUUGGCAGCCACCUUUUAGGGGGGGCACACAGUAAAUCUGAAAUUCAAUCUCAGUAUCUACACCCAUCAUUCCCAAACUGCGAUCUAUUUUGUAUUAGAAAAAAUGUUUUUAAAACUUCGCUCCCCUUAGGAAGAACUGGCGCUUUUCUUCAAUGUGGGUUCUUAUAUAUAUUUAGGUUUAUAUUUCAUUCAAGCGAUUUAAAAUAAAUAUUUUUUAUAUGCCGACCAACCAAGUCGAGUUUCAUGCAUUGAAUUUGUGGUCUUUGCAGAGCUUCAUGUAAUUGUGAUUGGAGCAAAUGAAAAGACCACUGGAAUUUUGUGCUUAUAUAACCAAAGGAAUUUUGUUAUAAGAAAUCCACAGUACCAGAGACGAAUUUAUAAGGGCUGCUUCUUCACCCUCCAGCAUUUACUCGGCCACGAGUUGGUUGAGAUUUCUUUCAUUUCUUUUUUUAAUCACCCUAUAUAACAUCCAAAAAUGCA